AUGAGAGACGCUUUCCUUUUCGCUCUUGUUCUUCUUCUGUUCACUCUGGCAACUUCUUCAGUGUGGAGCCAACAACCUGUUUCAACACCCAUUUGGCCACCCACAUUUAGAGCCACCUUCACAGAGAGAUUGCAAAUAUUCAAAUGGCUUUCUCCUUCCACUACUAAUGGAACUUACUAUUACGAUGCUGCCAACAAUAGACAACGCAUUGAUAGAGCCGAUGGAUCUCAUGACAGAUAUUGUGGAACCGUUCAUUUCGAUAAACAUACACCAUGUACCCAUCUCGUUGUUGAGGAUAAGAGAUAUUUAGUGUUUCCUGAAUUGAAGAGUUGUUGCAUGUGCUGCACAAGUGAGAAUGGUUGUGGAGUUUUGAAGAGAGAUUGGCUCAAGAAUGCAACUUAUAUUGGACAAACCACAUACAAUGGAUAUCAUGUGAACCAAUGGGAUAAAGAAGGACUUCAACACAACUACUAUUACGAAACCAUUGGAGUUGUGAAACCUAUUGCCAUCGAUCAACAACCCAAUGAUUUGAUGGUAUUCAACCCCAACAGUUACAGUGAAGCAAGACAAGACAACUCAUUGUUUUCUGUACCCUCCUACUGUAAGGAUGGCAGUGGCUCUGAUCACAAGUGCCCAUUCUUCUCCAUUUGUACAAUUGCAGCUCAGCAACGACUUCAUUAA